AUGGCUUCCAUAAAUACUGCGUUUAAGGCUUUGUGUUUAUCUCUCUUGUUCGUCACCGUCUCAAGUUCUCCGGCCACUGAACCAAAAGUCUUCGAUGUCCAAAGCUAUGGUGCAAAAGGCGACGUUACAGCGGAUGAUGCAAAUGCGUUUACAAAUGCGUGGAGAGAUGCAUGCGCAUGGAAGGGACGUAGCAAAGUGUAUGUACCAAAAGGAGCCUUCUAUCUUGGUGGCGUAACGUUUGCUGGACCAUGCAAUUGUCAGACUUAUUUUGUCAUCGAUGGAGUCUUAUUGGCUCCAACGAAUAACGACGACAUUAAAAAGGAGACAUGGGUGAAUUUCGCCUACAUAAACUAUCUCACCAUCUCUGGCAGCGGCACCAUCGAUGGUCAGGGAAAAGAGUCAUGGCCAUUUAAUAACUGCAACAAGAACGAUAAUUGUCCUAGACUUGCUGUGAGCAUGGGAUUUGAUUUCGUGAACAAUUCAAGGAUCGAAGGGAUAACAUCACUAAACAGUAAAGCAGGACACUUCAAUUUUUACUUCGUUGAUAAUUUCACCAUCGCCGGUGUCAACAUAACAGCUCCCGGCGAUAGCCCCAACACUGACGGGAUCAAAGUAGGCUUUUCAAGCAAUAUUAAUAUCUCGAACACUCACAUUGGCACAGGGGACGAUUGUAUCGCUAUCCUCUCUGGAAAUACAAACUUAUUUAUCUAUAACGUCACUUGUGGUCCUGGACAUGGGAUCAGUGUUGGAAGCUUGGGAAAGAACAAGGACGAGAAGAAUGUUGAGGGCUUAACGGUUAGAAAUACGGUCUUUACGGGCACUAGUGACGGUAUUAGGAUCAAGACAUCGGAAUCUUCGGCUACAGAGAUUGCAAUAUCCAACUUCCUAUAUGAGAAUAUACAAAUGAUCGAUGUUCAAAGCCCUAUAAACAUCGAUCAGCAGUAUUGCCCUUACCCGCAAUGCAAAAAAAAGGGAGAUUCUCAUGUUCAGAUCCAAAACGUGACGUUAAAUAACAUUUGGGGAUCAUCGAUGAACAAAGAAGCUGUGAAAUUUCAAUGUAGCAAACUCUUUCCUUGCAAGAAUGUUCAAUUAAUUGACGUAAACUUAUCGUACAGUGGAAACGGCGGGCCCGCAACGGCGUUAUGUGAGAACAUUGAAGGUUCUGCCUCUGGCAAGAUGGCUCCACCAAAUUGUCUGAACUGAUUGGUCGAAACAACCGCCAUUUUUUUGUACAUCAUUGCGGUGUAAUACA